GUAGAUACUUGGUCCCUGGCCACCUCUGCGACGUCCGGAAGCUGGUGGCCAACAACGCAGCCUUCGCAGCUUUGAAAGGGGAUGGCAGCGUGCAAACCUGGGGUGACACCACCGCCGGAGGAGACAGCGAGGCGGUGCAAUCCACGCUGAAGAAUGUCAAAGAACUCCACGCAACCUGGCUCGCCUUCGCCGCCCUUCGGGAGGACGGGGUCGUGGUGUGCUGGGGAUCCCCCCACUUCGGCGGAGAUGCUUCUGCAGUUCAAGAGCGGCUGACGGGCGUGCACCAGAUCUGUGCUGCCAGCCGCGCCUUCGGGGCCAUCCGGCAGGAUGGAUCUGUUGUGGCUUGGGGCGACAGCUUCUAUGGAGGUGACUGCAGCAUGGUGGAAGAGCAGCUCAGCAAUGUGCAGCAGCUGGUUGGUUCGGAUUCUGCGUUUGCCGCUCGCCGGGACGACGGCACCGUGGUAACCUGGGGCAAUCACGGCGGCGACAGCUCGCUGGUUCGCAGGGAGCUCUAUGCCGUGCGCCGCCUCUACUCCGCCGGCGAUGCAUUCGCGGGACUGCGUGAGGACGGCUCCGUUGUGACCUGGGGACAACCUCGCCGCGGAGGCGAUUCUCACCAAGUGCAGUCACAGCUGCGCAAUGUGCAGGACAUCAAAUCCACAGAAGCCAACUUCGCGGCGAUCUUAGAAGACGGCUCCGUGAUACCUUGGGGUCGGCUCUCGGUUUUCCAAGAUGAUGGCAGUUCCCUGGAACCACCUUCUCCUUUGCUGCGGGUGACGGAGCUGGUGGCCAACUUUGGUGCGUACGCCGCUUUAAUGGAGGACGGCUCAGUGAUCACUUGGGGCGACAGCGCAUUUGGGGCGGACAGCACAUCGGUGCAGUCAGAGCUCCGCCACAUCCGCGCUCUGGUUGCUUCGCAUGCGGCCUUCGCUGCAGUGACCGCCGAGGGCUCCGUCGUCUCUUGGGGAGAUCCAAGCUGUGGCG